CAUUGUCCACUGUCUCUCGCCUGCUUCUCUCAAAGGCUCCGCUAUACAGUCUCUAUCAAUUUCAGCUAUUUUUCCAACACCAUCUAUCACCAUGUCUGCUCUUUGGUACUGCUGCGAGUGCUCUUGCGGACCUCACCAAAUUGGCCUUGAUACUGCCUGCACCCAGUGCGGCGAACCACGCUGCGAGGACUGCUCCAUGGAUACUCAACAUCCAGCAACUUCACUACACCACUGCCACGAGACAUCACCAUACCCGCAAGCACCAGCUCCCCGACCCUCUUCUCCCUCAAUGAACCUUGCCGCAAACAUGGCCUCUCUCAGAGGAUGUAACACCCUCCAGCGGCCUACAUUGUAUCACGCCGAUGUACGGCAACACUACAUGCCUAGUGUCAACAGCCAGCAACUCCAGGGCACCGUCGGACACUCCAACCUAUACUUCUGCUGCCAGUGUGGGGACGGGCCAAAAUUGUACCAGAACCAACCGAAGUGUGUGAUUUGCAAUCAUGCUGUCUGCCAGAGCUGCAAGCCGGCGAAAUAAUUAAUGAGAUUGAUGGUAUUGAGGGUAAGAUAAACACCAUUUUGGUUAGUUGAAGAUCCAGACUA